AUGGGUUUGGUAUCAGCAUACUGCCGAUCGCGCUGGCACGGAGGCGUCCCGGCGGAUGCCCCUCAGACCGUAAGUGAGGCAUUUGAUCGCAUCGACGAGAUUUACAAUUCCGGAAAACCUUUCUACACUAAAGAUUCUAUCCGUGCCGCCUAUGACCAGUUUCAGCGCUCCACUAACCCUGGGGAUAAGAUCCUUGUCAAGGAUGUGGCGGGCACUCUAAUAGAAUACACUCUCAGAACAGGGGAAACCUUCAUCUGGAGGCUGAGCUCUGAGAAGGAAGAGGAAGAAUGGCUCAUCCAACAGCCGAUCCUGCACUACCACGGCAGUGGUCAUCUCAAGGAAACUCUCUGGAUGAUGUACCAAGACGCUCACUACGAGCCCGAAAAAACAAGCCCUUUCCGCAGCCUGCAAGUUUAUCAUAAAUCUGAGAAGCUCGUCUCUGGUACAGAAGAGCUAUUUCAAGACCCAACUCUUCCGAGCUAUGAUGACCUCAACUUGAUCUUCAAAGAACAGAUCCAAGUUUGGCAGGAAAGUGAAAUGUGUGAGAGAGUUAUCCAGAUCCUGAACUCCUCCGCUGCAGAGCUGAAUAUCAAAAAGAUUGUGGCCGUAGCUCUAGGAGGGAUUUCCAGAGACGUUGGUCAUCGCUCUGCCUUCCAGCAUGCACUUGUCGUGUCUUUACGCGAAUGGUUUGAUGAUCAGCAGCAGUCAGUCUGCUGCUACGCCCAAGAUCCAGAGUAUAAAGCCGUGGAUAAGGCUGUCCUUAAGGCGCACGGUGUUAUUGUCAUCGAUGAUCCCCCGUGCUUGGCUUGA